AUGAAGUUCCAUCAGUUCCAUCACAAGUCGCCACUUCAACUGCCCAGCCAUGCACGCAAUACCAUGCGCGUAGAGCCACUUCUCAGCAUACUUGCUAGACACCGUCGAAAACUGCUUCGUCCGAGGCAGGCGUCUCCAUGGUUCGUAAGGUGUGGCCCAGAAGACCCAGUUGCAAUGGGGCCGGAGCACUGCGACACGACACGGUUGAUGCGACCAUCUCUUGGCACUGCGAGAUUCCAAGAGAAAAAGGGGGUGGAUGUGCUGGGCUUGGCGUUGACUCGCAUCCUCGCGGACUUCCUGAAGCAGGAAAGGAUGUGCUGGUGGGUCGAGCGAGGAGUCCUGCAUGUGCCCGAUGCCAAUCUCGACCGGGGCGCAGACCCGCCCGGUGAAUAG